AUGGGUUACACUGUCCCUCCGCUCAAAGACCAAUCCCUCUUCAUUCAAAAGGCAUACGUCAAUGGCGAGUGGGUAGAUGCUCAGUCCGGACAGACCUUCGAAGUCCACGACCCUGCCUCCGGAAAACUCAUCGGAACAUGUCCCGAAUUCUCCGCCGCAGACACCGAGAAGGCCAUCCAAGCCGCCAAAGAAGCCUUCCCCAAAUUCCGCACAACCCUGUCCCGCGAGCGCGCCCGCAUGCUGCGCAGAUGGUACCAGCUCAUGAUCGACAAUGCCGACGACCUAGCCACCCUGAUAACCUGGGAAAACGGAAAGCCGCUCACCGACGCCAAAGGCGAGGUGAACUACGCGGCCAGCUUCUUCGAAUGGUUCAGCGAAGAAGCUCCCCGCAUCUACGGUGACACCAUCCCAUCCUCCGUCCCCGGCAACCGGGUCAUGACCCUGAAGCAACCCGUCGGCGUCUGUGGUCUCAUCACACCCUGGAACUUCCCCGCCGCCAUGAUCACCAGGAAGAUUGGUCCUGCCCUCGCAGCCGGCUGCACCGUCGUCGCAAAGACCCCCGGUGAAACUCCCUUCACAGCCAACGCCCUCGCCGAGCUGGCCCACCGCGCCGGCAUCCCCAAGGGCGUCGUCAACAUCGUCACCGCAUCCCAAAACACGCCCGAGGUCGGCGAAACCAUCACCACCCACCCCGAGGUCCGCAAGGUCUCCUUCACCGGCUCCACCAACGUCGGUAAGCUCCUCAUGAAGCAAUCCUCGUCGACCAUCAAAAAGGUGUCCUGGGAACUAGGCGGCAACGCCCCCUUCAUCGUCUUCGACGACGUCGAGGACCUCGACGCUGCUGUCGCCGGCGCUGUGGCCUCCAAAUUCCGUAGCUCUGGACAGACCUGCGUCUGUGCAAACCGGAUCUACGUGCAGCGCGGCAUCUACGAUGAAUUUGCCAAGCGCUUCGCAGAGAAGGUCAAGGGCUUCAAGCUGGGUGCUGGCUUCGAAGAAGGCGUUACCCACGGUCCUGUUAUUCACGACCGCGCCGUCAACAAGGUCGACGAACACGUCCGCGACGCUGUAUCCAAGGGCGCGCAGGUCCUGACGGGUGGUCAGAAGGCCGCUCACCUUGGUCCUAACUUCUACGAUUUGACUGUCCUCACGGAGAUGAACAAGGAUAUGCUUGUCGCUUCAGAGGAGACAUUCGGCCCUGUCGCGGGACUUUUCCCCUUCGAGACGGAACAAGAAGUUGUCGACCUGGCUAACAAGGCUGAGGUUGGUCUGGCGGGCUACUUCUUCAGCAGUAAUGUUAAGCGCAUCUUCCGUGUUGCGGAGGCGUUGGAGGUCGGUAUGGUGGGUGUUAACACGGGGCUUAUUAGUGAUGUUGCUUCGCCGUUCGGUGGUGUCAAGCAGAGCGGCUUUGGCCGCGAGGGCAGCAAGUACGGUAUUGAUGAAUUCUUGGUGGUCAAGAGUGUUACUUUUGGAGGAAUUGAGCCUCUUCAGUAG